AUGCACAAGAGGACCUACACUGGCAAGGAGGCCUACCAGUUUCCUCAAUGCAGCAAGAGCUUUAGCCAACUAGUCAAUCAAAAGAGGACUCACGCAGGAGACAAACUCUAUGAGUGUCCGGAUUGUGGGAAAAGUUUCAGUCCAAAAUCAAACCUGGCGAUACACCAGAGGAAAGCAUUUGAGUUGGAAUUCCAACCUCGCGAUACAUCAGGGGACUCAGAGUGCCCAGAUUGUGGGAAAGGUUUCAGUCGGAAUUGCCACCUGCUGAGCCACCAGAGGACUCACACAGGAGAGAAACCGUAUGAGUGUCCAGAUUGUGGGGAAAGUUUCAGUCGGAAUUCCACCCUGGUCAUGCAGCAGAGGACUCAAGCAGGAGAGAAACCGUAUGAGUGCCCAGAUUGUGGGAAAGAUUUCAACCAGAAUUCCAGCCUGGUCACGCAGCAGAGGACUCAAGCAGGAGAGAAACCGUAUGAGUGUCCAGAUUGUGGGAAAAGUUUCAGUCAGAAUUCCAGCCUGGUGAACCACCAGAGGACUCACACAGGAGAGAAACCGUAUGAGUGUUCGGUUUGUGAGAAAAGUUUCAGUCAGAAUUCCGGCCUGGUGAACCACCAGAGGACUCACACAGGAGAGAAACCGUAUGAGUGUCCAGAUUGUGGGAAAAGUUUCAGUCAGAAUUCCAGCCUGGUGAACCACCAGAGGACUCACACAGGAGACAAACCAUAUGAGUGUCCCGUUUGUGGGGAAAGUUUCAGUCAGAAUUCUAGCCUGGUGAACCACCAGAGGACUCACACAGGAGAGAAACCGUAUGAGUGUCCAGAUUGUGGGAAAAGUUUCAGUCAGAAUUCCGGCCUGGUGUACCACCAAAGGACUCACACAGGAGAGAAACCGUAUGAGUGUCCAGAUUGUGGGAAAAGUUUCAGUCAGAAUUCCCACCUGGUGAUACACCAGAGGACUCACACAGGAGAGAAACCGUAUGAGUGUCCUGAUUGUGGGAAAAGUUUCAGUCGCAAUUUCCAACUGCUGAGACACCAGAGGACUCACACAGGAGAAAAGCUAUAUGAGUGUCUGGAUUGUGGGAAGUUUCUCUCGGAAUUCCUGCCUGAUGAACCACCAGAGGACUCAGGAGAGAAAUCAUUUGAGUGUCCGGAUUGUGGGAAAAGUUUCAGUCAGAAUUCCCACCUGGUAAGCCACAAGAGGACUCACUCAGGAGAGAAAUCAUAUCAGUGUCCAGAUUGUGGGAAAAGUUUCAGUCGGAAUUCCCGCCUGGUAAGCCACAAGAGGACUCACUCAGGAGAGAAAUCAUAUCAGUGUCCAGAUUGUGGGAAAAGUUUCAGUCGGAAUUCCCGCCUGGUAAGCCACAAGAGGACUCACUCAGGAGAGAAAUCAUAUCAGUGUCCAGAUUGUGGGAAAAGUUUCAGUCGGAAUUCCAGCCUGGUGUAUCACCAAAGGACUCACACAGGAGAAAAACCAUUUGAGUGUCCAGUUUGUGGGAAAAAAUUCAGUUGGAAGUCUGACCUGGUGAAACACCAGAGAACUCACACAGGAGAGAAACCGUAUGAGUGUUCGGUUUGUAGGAAAAGUUUCAGUCGGAAUUCCAGCCUGGUGAUGCACCAGAGGACUCAUACAGGAGAGAAACCACAUGAGUGUCCCGUUUGUGGGAAAAGUUUCAGUCAGAAUUCCAGCCUGGUGAUGCACCAGAGGACUCAUACAGGAGAGAAACCACAUGAGUGUCCAGAUUGUGGGAAAAGUUUCAGUCAUAAUUCCAGCCUGGUGUACCACCAGAAGACUCACACAGGAGAGAAACCAUAUGAGUGUCCGGUUUGUGGGAAAAGUUUCAGUCGGAAUUCCAGCCUGGUGAACCACCAGAGGACUCACACAGGAGAGAAACCAUAUGAGUGUCUGGAUUGUGGGAAAAGUUUCAGUCAGAAUUCCCAGCUGGUGAACCACCAGAAGACUCACACAGGAGAGAAACCAUAUGAGUGUCCGGUUUGUGGGAAAAGUUUCAGUCAGAAUUCCAGCCUGGUGAACCACCAGAGGACUCACACAGGAGAGAAACCAUAUGAGUGUUCGGUUUGUGGGAAAAAUUUCAGUCAGAAUUCCAGCCUGGUGAUGCACCAGAGGACUCACACAGGAGAGAAACCACAUGAGUGUCCAGAUUGUGGGAAAAGUUUCAGUCAGAAUUCUAGCCUGGUGUAUCACCAAAGCACUCACACAGGAGAGAAACCACAUGAGUGUCCAGAUUGUGGGAAAAGUUUCCGUUGGAAGUCUGACCUCGUGAAACACCAGAGGACUCACACAGGAGAGAAACCGUAUGAGUGUCCAGAUUGUGGGAAAGGUUUCAGUCAUAAUUCCAGCCUGGUGUACCACCAGAGGACUCACACAGGAGAGAAACCAUAUGAGUGUCCGGAUUGUGGGAAAAGUUUUAGUCGCAAUUUCCACUUGGUGGUGCACCAGAGUACUCACACAGGAAGAAAUCGUAUGAGUGUCCGGAUUGAACAAAGCCGGCUUGCUGGGAACACCGGCUCCAAGACCUGGGCGCGCUUUGAAGCAGCCCUGGCCAGCAUGAGUGAAGCUGGCUCCCUUGGAGCCUGUGGCCUGUUGGGGCUCCCAGGUCCUAAAUCCUUUAGAGCCCCGGGAAAUCAGGCACGAAAUUUUAGGAGAUGCCACACGGAAGAGAGCCUCUUCUGCUGUGGCACCCGCCUGAUGACACAUUGUCCCCCAGACAUCAGAUUGGUCCUGACUCUACGGGCUUUUUGCGAGGCCCUGAAGAUGUGGUUUGGCCAACAGGCUGGGGACACGGAGCAUGGUGGAGCCAUGCAGCUGCUGUACUUGUGGUUCUGA